AUGGGAGCGAUUGAUCCAUCGGACGAGAAGGCUGCCAUGGAAGUCUCAAAGGAGGCUCUAUUGGACCUGGAAUCGAACACUAAGAUUGAAUAUGAUCCAUGGCUACUUGAUGAUCACCCCCUACGAUCUUAUCCGACAGAGUGUAUCCCGGGGUUGUCAGCUUACCUUGACGAAUCGCUUGGAAAGCGGAAGGCCGUUUUCCUUCGCGCUGGAUGUCUUAUCAUCGCGUGUCUAGCCGCAUUCCAGUGCCUCCGGUUGCUCCCAACCAAUAGUAAAACGACGCUCCUACCUCAUGAAUCCACACCGCACACCCCCAUCCACACUGGGCAUGGUGCUUGUACCUUCCCUAUACUAGACACGCGACCACAUGCACUGGAGUCCUCUCUGAACGGGGGAUGCGAAGGCCUCCGAACGGCCGUUUGGAUGCACAACGGCGAGCUGCAGAUCGGGAACGCUGUUGCGGGACCCGAGACCGAAGCCUUCCUGCAGCGAUUCGGUCUCAACCCUCUUCUGGCGAAGUUCGACGCUGGGGAUGAUUCUGCGCAUUCCGAAACGCCGGACCAGACGUUCCUUUUGAUGCUUGAUGCCAAGACACCGCUUCCCGAAUUCUACCCUCACCUCAUUGCACAACUCGCCACUCUCCGGCAGCGGGGGUAUCUGUCUCAUUGGAAUGGGCAGGAUGUUGUUCGGCGCGCUGUGACUGUCGUGGUUACCGGGGAGGAAUUGUCCGAGAAUGACUGUAUCCAUCCUUCUUAUUCCGAUGUCUUUUGGUCCGUUUUGCCGGAAGGUCGGGUCACGACGGGUGAUCUGACGCAGGAUGGUCUCCGACAUCUCGCGCCGAUCUGUAUAGCAUAA